AUGAGAACCGCCGUCAAUGAUGUCUACAAAUCCAUCUCCAAAGCAACUACUAAGGGCUACAUCCCCUCCGACGCGGACAGAACCAACCAACAAAAGCAAAUUGCAAAUCACAAUACUAGGUAUAGUGACUUCAAACUAACCCCGGGCUUUACAAGGAUACAACAGAGCACAGGGCUUUACAAAGAUAGAAUAGAGCACAUGAAGUUAAUUAACAUGAAAAAAUAUAUAAGCAACAUUUUAAUAGCAAGUAGAUCGUAA